UUUUUUUUUGGUCAAACUCGGGUUUAGUUUGGUUAUUUGGGGAUCGAAAUUGAUUACGCUGAAAAAAAAUCAAAAAGCGGAAUCUAAUCCCAGGUCUCAUUCUUAUCAAAAUCCCUCUGAAAAAGAUCCGAAACUGUGAGCUCUGAAUCCGUUACCUAGAGCGUAAUCGAUUUCGAAAGCUCUUUUAAGUAUGGGAAGCAGAGCUAAUCGUGUGGGAGAAAGAUGGAAUCAGAUGGGCUGUGAAGAAAAAUCGAGCGUCAUUCAGGAAGAGAUUAAAAGGGUUAGUAAACUUCCUUCAAACAGUGUUUAUGCAGUUCAUCGUCUCAAGGUUCUCAACAAAAUCAACGACCUUUUAUCUGGCCAAAGAACCUUGUCGCAAGAGGAGGAGUUAGAGCUACUCUUCACACAGCUCUCUCUGUAGGAAAAAAAAAAAAGAAAGCCAGAGUUUUGGUCUGUAUAACGGUUGAUCAAUGGCGUUUUACGAAUGUCAAUCUAAGCAACAAGCUAGUUCCUCAAUAUAUAGUAACUUGGUGUUUAUGGUUUUUUACUUGUAUGCAUUUAGUUUUACUUAAGACAUGUGCAUGUCUGUGGCACCUAGUGGUGUCUUUGUCUUUGACCAUUAAGAUCAGUUUCAGAUAAAGACGAUUUGGUUAA